AUGGAACAUUAAACAUGAUCCUGAUUCAGAGAUAAAGGUGACAGAGGCCAGUUUGAGGGGUGUUACAACAGCCUGACAGCAACUUUGCAUGAAGUCUCCAUUUCUUGCCCUGAGGAAUGCCAUCAUACUCUACUCCAUUGGCUUCACUGUGUCUGCCAUUUUAUUUAUAGUCCACUACAGCUCCAGAGAACAUAUCCAUACCUUGAGACACAUGAGCUAUGUGUACAGUGGAAAGUGUGAUGAUCCUUACCCUCUCUCCUACACCAUGAGUCUCUACAAGCCAUUGGACGAAUACAAAAGAGUGCAAUUUAUCUUUUACAAGAAAACAAAAAUGGCCAUAGCUGUUGAUAUUUGUCAAAGGAACGGUUGGACUCUACGCAAGACAAUACACACAAGAGAAGAAUUAAAGUCACAGCUGCAACGAAAGAAUGUCUUCUCAAUUGUCUUCACGUCGUCAAAGGAGUUAUCUAAUCCAUACAUAAAUAAGUUGUUAAAUAGAACAAACGUGCUAGUUUCUGCUCUACCCAAUGCUUAUCUAUUUUCUGGGGCAAAGAGAGAACAACACAUUACUUUCCAGCGCUAUUUAAAGAGAUAUGAUUGCUCCAUUCAUGAGCUAAAGUUCAUGCCCGUUUCAUUUUUGAUGGAUUUUGCUCAGGAAUGUAAAGCAUUCUUUAAGUACAUGAGACUGAACAGGGACUUGUCUGAGUGGGUUCUCAAAAAGUCCCAGGGAUACGGAGGAGAUGGUGUUACUAUCAUGUCAAACAAAACAGCAAUCAAACGCAUGUUCAACUCAUGCCCAAGCCAUGGACAAUACAUUAUGCAAGAAUACAUUCGUGACAUCAUACUACUAAAUGGAAGAAAAUUUGACAUCAGGGCACUAUUCAUAAUUGCUAAUUCUAGGCCGUACAUGCUAUUUUAUCAUGAAGGGUACCUACGUGUGGUAAUGAAGCAGUUUUAUGAAUCGGGAGGAAGAGAAGUGCAUUUGACUAACACGCAUGUGCAGUCUCAGGAGCCCAACUUUGAUCCGAAUGAUCACUUCUGGUCAUUCAAAAAGCUCCAGUCUUACCUUGACGUUCAUUAUCCAGAGAAUGAUGAAUAUGUCCUGUCCCAUUUGAUACCUUAUAUCAAGAAAGUUGCCAAGUUUAUAGUGAAAUCUGGUAUUGGCCUUAUGAAUGGUGAUGACAUAAUCAAUGGGUUUCAGUUACUGGGAUUGGAUUUCAUGAUAUCAAACGAUUGGCACAUCUGGUUCAUUGAGGCAAACAACUACCCACUGUGGCCUAAAGGAGGCUGGAUUACACAGUUUUCAACUAAAAUGGGCGAGGAUUUGUUUGAUCUGGCUAUAAGCAUACGUCAAAGACCAGAAGAAUUCCUUAGGAUGCAUAUCUAUAAAAUGUACAAGUCUUGGCAGCUGAUUUGGAGAGAGGACCCUCCAAACUGUGAAGAAGAUUACAAUCCAUGCAACAGUUUACAGCAGUCAAAUUAAAAUUUUUAUUUUUGUAGUCUAUAAUUAACUUUUAAUAACUAGCCCCACCUAUAUAA